AUGAGGUUCUCCAGCUUUCUGCCCCUGAUCGGUGCUUUUUCACUCUUUCAACAAUCAGCAGCACGAUCCCAAGCCUCCGAGGCCAUUCGACAAGUGACACCCAUCGAUAAUGCGAUCAUUCGGACUCCUUCACAUCAAAUAGACCACCUAUCACAGUUCGAUGUGACCUUUGAGAUCCACGGCGGCAAGCGGAUCAAACUAGAACUCGAACCCAACCAUGAUAUCCUAGCCGACGAUGCCUUCGUCCAGUACGUCGCCCCCGAUGGAUCAUUAACGCACGCCGAACCCAUCCAGCGUCAUGAGCACAAAGUGUUCCGAGGGCGCGCCUUGGAGGGAUCGGGUAAGGGGCGGUGGACGCCCGUUGGCUGGGCCAGAAUCACCGUCAAGAGAGAUGGCCUGGAUCCUCUCUUUGAGGGUGCUUUCAGCAUCAACGAGGAUAAACAUCACAUCGAGUUGAUGUCGAAUUACAUUGACAAGAAGCGCCCGAUCGAUGCCGACGUUCAGCUUCGCCAGGGGGAGUACAUGCUCCUCUACCGUGAUUCAGACAUGUUCCAUUACACGCACUCCGAGCUCAAGCGGUCGCUGCCGGCAACCACCGGCUGUGGCGCGGACCAGCUCGACUACAAUGCCGACCUGUCUAACUCCAUCUUCCCGUACGGUGUCACCCCGGCGGACCCCCGCUGGGGAAUGACAUCGUUGGAUUCGCUGUUUGGACUGGCCAAGCGACAGUCAGACGAUGGCGGCGUAUCGGGUAAUACCGGCGGUGUCAAUCUGAAAUCCACCAUCGGCGAUACCAGCGGCUGUCCCAAGACCAAGAAGGUGGCUUUGAUUGGAAUUGCAACGGAUUGCGAGUUCACCGACUCGUUCAAGUCCUCUAACUCGACGCCCAAGGAGGCUGCGAAGGACUGGAUCAUCAACGUGGUGAACACGGCCUCCAGUCUCUAUGAGGACUCUUUCAACGUGUCCAUCGGUCUGCGCAAUCUCUCCAUUUCCGAACCCGGAUGCUCCAGCACCAGUGCCUCUUCCACUCCCUGGAACGUGGAUUGCACCAAUGGCAAUGUGACCUGGCGUCUGAACGAGUUCUCCAAGUGGCGUGCGAAGUACUCCGAUGACAAUGCGUACUGGACCCUCAUGACCAACUGCCCGACCGACAGUGAGGUCGGUGUAUCCUGGAUGGGACGGCUGUGCUCGUCCGACCUGGUCAGCUCAGGAGAUAGCUCUGUGACCGGAGCGAACGUGGUUGUUCGUAAUUCCGGUUCGUCCUGGCAAGUGUUCGCCCACGAAACCGGGCACACGUUUGGCGCCGUUCAUGAUUGCACGAGCCAAACCUGUGGGCAGAAACUGGACGAUUCAUCCCAGUGCUGCCCGCUGAGUUCGUCGACUUGCGAUGCCGAUUCGAAAUACAUCAUGAACCCAUAUGCCAGUAAUUCCAUGACCAAGUUCUCGCCAUGCACGAUUGGAAAUAUCUGUUCCGCCAUAGGCAAGAACAGCAUCAAAUCCUCCUGCCUCUCCGAGAACAAGGGCGUCGUGACGAUCAGCGGCAGCCAGUGCGGAAACGGUAUCGUCGAGGCCGGCGAGGACUGCGACUGUGGUGGCGACGAGGGUUGCAGCGACAACGCCUGCUGUGACGCCUCGACCUGCAAGUACAAGUCCGGAGCCGUGUGCGAUGAUUCCAACGACAGCUGCUGCGACAAGUGCCAGUUCGCAUCAUCCGAUACCGUCUGCCGCGCCAGCACCGGCACCUGCGACAUUGCCGAGAAAUGCCCUGGAAACUCCGGCGCCUGCCCAGAGGACAAAUAUGAAGAUGACGGAUCCUCGUGCGGCGACAAAGACCAAGGCCUCAGCUGUGCCAGCGGCCAAUGUACCAGUCGUAACUACCAGUGUCGAACAGUCGUGGGCUCGCUCCUCAACAGCAACGAUACCUGGGCCUGCGAAAACACCCAAGACCCAUCCUGCACUCUGGUUUGCGGCGCGCCUUCCAUCGCCCACUCGUACGGCACAACGCCCUGCAUCCGCAUGAACCAGAACUACCUCGACGGUACACCCUGUGAUUCUGGCGGUCGCUGCAGCGCCGGUCAGUGCAAGGGCUCAUCGGCGAUGGGCUGGAUCCGCGAGCACAAGAAACUGGUGAUUGGCGUCUGUGUCGGUGGUGGCACUCUGAUCCUUCUUGCCCUGUUCUUCUGCAUCUACAGCCGCUGCCGACGUAGCUCGCAGUUGCGCAAGGCCCGCAAGGCCAUGCCCCCUGGAACUUACCGCCGCUAUAAUGGGCCUCAGCCCACGGCUCGUCCGCCGCAGAUGCACCAGUGGCAUGGAUAUCCAAAUGCUGGGUAUCAAAAUGUGCCACCACCUGGCCCACCGCCACGAUACUCAUGA